GUCAAUGAUUGUAGACAAAUCUUGGGGUCAAUCGACUGACAUACCGUUUCCACCAUAAAUGUCAAAGCAGUGUUUUUAGAAGAAGAAGAAUUAGCUGUCAAAGCAGAAAAAGUAACUGACCAAAGUGAAAAUUUCAAAGGACUGGCUACGAGCUUAAACAAUUUUUUUAUACAAUAAAUUCAAUCAAUGCAAAACAAAAAGAAAUGAACAAAAAGCGAGCUUCGAUUGCCUUUGCAUCAAUUUGUUUGAUCGCGACUUUAAAAGCGUGGAAAAAAAAAUGCGUGAAAAGAAAUAAAAAGCAAUGGUGGAUUCGUCCAGGGCUCAGACACAGGGCCACCAGUGGUUUCUACUCCACACUGCGUUUUAAAUUACGUCAGCAGGAUCCUCAAUGGUUUAAAAAUUUUGUGCGAAUGAGUUGUGAAGACUUUGACUACCUGGUGGAGCAUCUCACACCAUACAUUGGCAAGAGCAAUACCCGAUUCAGGAAAGCAAUUUCAGUCGGCGAAAGACUCGCCGUAACUUUACGGUAUCUGGCUACAGGAGAUAGCUUUUCAAGUUUAAUGACGGUUUUUCUUAUUGGUAAAACUACAAUAUGCCACAUAGUACAUGAAACAUGUGCUGCUAUUUUUACAGGAUUGAAAGAUCAGUUUUUAAAGGUCCCAAAUACCCCUGGACAAUGGGCAGAAGUAGCAGAUCAUUUUGCAAAGCGUUGGAACUUUCCAAACUGUUGUGGUGCUUUGGACGGUAAGCACAUAAUGAUACAGGCACCUGCUAACUGUGGCUCCGAAUACUUUAAUUAUAAAAAAUUCAAUAGUAUUGUUUUAAUGGCUUUGGUGGACGCAGAAUAUAAGUUUCUUUUUGUAGAAGUUGGAGCAUACGGCCGCGAAUCUGAUGGAGGUGUUUUCGCAAGGCAAGUUUUGGACAAUAUAUCCACCCAUCUUAUAUUCAUGUAAUAUUCAUAUUCAUAUGUGUUUUUAAUUUUAGAUGCACGC